GCUUCCUCUGUGGAUAGCAUUAUACGCGAAAAGACCUACAGCUACGACUACCGUAGUUGCUACACUCGUUUUACCACCGAGGCUUCCUCUGUGGAUAGCAUUAUACACGAGAAGACCUACAACUACGACUACCAUAGUUGCUACACUCGUUUUACCACCGAGGCUUCCUCUGUGGAUAGCAUUACACGCGAAAAGACCUACAGCUACGACUACCGUAGUUGCUACACUCGUUUUACCACCGAGGCUUCCUCUGUGGAUAGCAUUAUACCCGAAAAGACCUACAGCUACGACUACCGUAGUUGCUACACUCGUUGUACCACCGAGGCUUCCUCUGUGGAUGGCAUUAGACACGAAAAGACCUACAGCUACGACUACCGUCGUUGCUACACUCGUUUUACCACCGAGGCUUCCUCUGUGGAUAGCAUUAUACACGAGAAGACCUACAACUACGACUACCAUAGUUGCUACACUCGUUUUACCACCGAGGCUUCCUCUCUGGAUAGCAUUCUGCCCGAAAAGACCUACAGCUACGACUACCGUAGUUGCUACACUCGUAUUACCACCGAGGCUUCCUCUGUGGAUGGCAUUAGACACGAAAAGACCUACAGCUACGACUACCGUAGUUGCUACACUGGUUUUACCACCGAGGCUUCCUCUGUGGAUAGCAUGAUACGCGAAAAGAACUACAGCUACGACUACCGUAGUUGCUACACUCGUUUUACCACCGAGGCUUCCUCUGUGGAUAGCAUUAUACACGAGAAGACCUACAGCUACGACUACCGUAGUUGCCACACUCGUUUUACCACCGAGGCUUCCUCUGUGGAUAGCAUUACACGCGAAAAGACCUACAGCUACGACUACCGUAGUUGCCACACUCGUGUUACCACCGAGGCUUCCUCGGUGAUUUACCACCGAG